AUGACCGAAGCUUCCCCAUUAUCAACCCCUGCGGAUCCCAACUUCCGAUUAACCUCUGAUGUUCUCGAUCUACCGAACAAGAAUACAUCCUAUCCUCUACUUGUUUUUCAUGUUAUGAACAUCCACACUCCUUUUUGCACCUCUGGACCUCUCCACUCCAACCUCCCAACCAGGAAUAAUAAUGUUGUUGAUGCCCAAAAUUUUGCAAUUGAAAGUCAUAGGGUAAGCUACUCAAUCAACACAGAAAAGGGGAAGUUGAUUCCGAUUCUAAAAGAUUGUUCCCUGAAAAUUCCUUCUGGACAAUUCUGGAUGCUGCUUGGACCCAAUGGAUGCGGCAAAUCAACUCUUUUGAAGAUCUUGGCAGGUUUACUAUGUCCAACAGAUGGUUUUGUACAUGUGGAAAAACCUAGAAGUUUUGUCUUCCAAAACCCAGAUCACCAAGUGGUGAUGCCUACUGUAGAAGCAGAUGUGGCAUUUGGCCUUGGAAGAUUCAACCUGACUGAUGAGGAAACAAAACUGAGAGUAGCAAAGGCAUUGACUGCUGUGGGCAUGUAUGAUUAUUUACAGAGACCGGUUCAGACUCUUAGUGGGGGCCAGAAACAAAGGGUUGCAAUUGCUGGUGCUUUGGUUGAAGAAUGCAAAGUGUUGUUGCUAGAUGAACUCACAACAUUCUUGGAUCAAUCUGAUCAGAUUGGGGUGAUUAAAGCUGUGAAGAAGACAUUGAAUAGUUGUGGAGAUGUGACUGCGUUAUGGGUAACACAUCGAUUGGAGGAAAUGAAAUAUGCUGAUGGAGCUGUGUAUAUGGAAGAUGGGAGAGUUGUAAUGCAUGGUGAAGCAUCAACUAUAAUGGAUUCUAUUGAAGCUAGGAAAGCGUCUUAUACAAAAGCUAUUAACUCCUAACUCCUAAAAACUAUCUUCUUUAUCUAUCUCUAUGUAUGUAAUGUAACAUAGCAUCACUAUAUAAUGCCCUUUCUGAUUAUCUAAUCCAGAUCAAUGGUUGUAACUUAUGGAUGACAUUUUCGUUAAAUAUUGCAAAUUAGAAUGGUAUGGUUUAAAUUAUUAA